AUGGCAGAAGAAAAGCGGAAGCGUCUUGAGCUUGAGACGAGACAAAUUGAAGAAGAAAAUCGAAGGAUACUAGAGGAUAUCAAGCGUUACGAAGAACCAUGGCAAGACGUUCAGCAAGAGCACAAACGACCGAAGAAAAAGAAUUUGGAAAAGCAGAAACGACCUAAGAAAAAGAAAAGUGUGAAGGUGGUCAGAAACAGUCCUUAUCGCAAGAAACAAGUUAAGAAAAAGAAAAUCGCGCCAACUCCUCUAAUGGCAAGAAGUACAGCACCGAGCAAAAGGCGAAUAGCGGCACCAGCGCAGAAAGUUCGAAGGCCUAAGAAAAAAGCAAAAGUGAUCGUCAAACGUCCUUGGGCGUACGUUGGUGAUCCAACCUUACGUGCCUACAGAACACGGGAACAGUCCUAUCUGAGCGAUUUCCACUUCUAA